AUGUCCAAUCUCAUUGUGCGAGCGAAGAAGGAAGUCUUGCUUGCGACCAACUUCUGGAAGAAAUCAGGAGCCAGUACUUUCAUCAAUGAUGCUUUGGUCGAGCUUUCGAAGCGUGCAGGGUUGCGUGGCGAACGUGUCGUGGUCAAGAUUAUGUUCGAUCGAGGUGCUCUCAAGCAAAUAAUCAACAAUCACCAGAACGUAGACUCAGUCGGAUGGCAAGCUGCUGGCGUUGGUCUUCCGCCUCCUGAGCAGAUGCCAAAUAUCGACCUCGCGAUCGUCAACUUUCAUCGACCUCCACUCGGGACCUUCCAUAGCAAGUUCAUGAUUGUUGAUCGACAAAUUGCCACUGUGUCAAGCAACAACAUCCAGGAUAAUGACAAUCUCGAAAUAAUGACACAUAUCGAAGGCCCAAUUGUCGACUCAAUUUGGGAGACCUUCUUGAUAAGUUGGCACAAUAAGAUUGAGCCUGCACUGCCUUGUCGUGAGACUCGAGCUGCGCUUCAGAAGCCACCGACGUAUCAGGAGCAGACUUUCACAGCCCUCUUCGAGCCCGAUGGAUCUUUUCGACUCCCAGAAAAGCCGAUCGAAGCUGAGCUGCCAGAGCACAUGCCAGGCGAGCCUCACUAUGACGAGAACAUGAGCGAUGAGAUCCAGCGAAUGCGAUCCGUACUGAGGCCAUCCGAGCCCGGAGAACCGCACGUCAAUGCUGUCGCCCGGCAUCUGAACAAACCGACAGGGCUCUCUGUCAAAGCGACAGCUUCGGACAGGGACAACAACCUCAACUUCUUCCCUUUCAUCCCGUUGCCGAAUGUGGAGCCUGUCUCAAUGGCAAUGUGCUCACGCAAGCCGUAUGCCAAUAUCAACAACGAUUCCGUCUUCGUGCCGCAGAACGAAGCGUUCCUAUCGUUGAUCCGCAACGCGAAGCGAACAAUUUUCAUUCAGACGCCUGAUCUCAAUGCAAAGCCACUUUUAGCCGCACUGAUAAGCGCCGUGAAACGCGGUGUCGAAGUGACAUAUUAUGUUUGCCUUGGCUACAAUGACGGAGGCGAACUUCUCCCAGGCCAAGGCGGUACAAAUGAGAUGAAUGCCAAUUAUCUCUAUUCCCAGCUCCAAGCUGAUGAGAAGCCGCUGUUGAGAGUCCAUUACUACGUCGCGGCAGAUCAGGACCAUCCGAUCCACAACAACUUCAAGCAGAGAUCAUGCCAUAUCAAACUCAUGAUCGUGGAUGAGAGUGUUGCAGUUCAGGGCUCUGGGAAUCAGGAUACGCAAAGCUGGUUCCAUUCCCAAGAAGUGAAUGUUAUGAUCGAUAGUCCUGUCAUCUGUAAAGCUUGGAGGGAAGGGGUUGAACGUAAUCAGAACACGGCGCAAUAUGGACUGGCGAGCUCAGAAGAUGGAUGCUGGUAUGAUCCGAAGACGGGCAAGCUCGCUGGAGGAAGUUUGGGGACGAAUGCUGGUCAUUUCUCCUGGGUGAAAGGGUUCAUGGGGACCUUAAGAAAGGCUGAGGGGCAGUAG